ACCAGAGCAGGAGCAGAUCAGGAGUCAGCAAUGCAAAACGAUACAACUGUGACAGUAUUUAUCCUAGUAGGAUUGACAGAGGACCCACAAUUGAAAAUUGUACUAUUUGUCUUCCUCCUUCUCACCUACUUGCUAAGCAUCUCUGGAAAUCUGAUUAUCAUUACCCUUACCUUGCUGGAUUCUCAUCUCAAGACACCUAUGUAUUUUUUUCUUCGAAACUUUUCCUUCCUAGAAAUAUCUUAUACAACAGUCUGCAUCCCCAAAUUGCUUGUUACCAUGGCAACUGGAGACAAAACCAUUUCAUAUAACUGUUGUGCAGCUCAGUUAUUUUUUGCCUUCCUUCUUGGUGCAUCUGAAUUCUAUCUACUGGCCAUCAUGUCCUAUGAUCGUUAUGUUGCCAUCUGUAAGCCUCUGCAUUAUACAACCAUCAUGAACAGUAAAAUCUGUAUCCAGCUGGUCCUCAGCUCUUGGAUGGCUGGUUUCCUCAUCAUUUUUCCAGGACUUGUCUUAGGCUUAGACCUGGAUUUCUGCGAUUCCAAUAUCAUUGACCACUUCUACUGUGACACAGCUCCUCUUCUGCAAAUCUCCUGCACAGAUACACAUUUGCUGGAAAUGAUGAGUUUCAUUUUAGCUUUAGUGACACUCCUGGUCACCUUGGUAUUAGUGAUUCUAUCAUAUACGUAUAUUGCCCUAACAAUUUUAAAAAUUCCUUCUGCCAACCAGAGAAAAAAGGCUUUUUCCACUUGUUCCUCCCACAUGAUUGUCAUCUCCCUCUCAUAUGGCAGCUGCAUCUUUAUGUACAUUAAACCUUCAGCCAAACAGAGAAUAUCUUUAAUGAAGGGCGUUUCAGUGGUCAAUACAUCAGUUGCUCCACUUUUGAACCCCUUCAUUUACACUCUAAGGAACCAGCAAGUGAAACAAGCAUUUAAGAACUUGCUGCAAAGAGUUCUGUCUUUAUCUAAGAAGUAG